AUGGACUUCCAUCGAAUCCGAACGCUCGCCUCCGGCUCGAUGUACAACCUAUACGAGGGCAUAUUCACGCUCAAGAACUACUCAUUACCGCACGUUCUCUUGGCGCUCACUGGCUUCCUCUUCCAGAGCCCUAAUACCUCGCCCACAUUUUACUUCACCUCCCUCCCCAUCCUCAUCCACCUCGCCGCAACCUCGACCGUCCCGGAGUACGUCGCAAAGGCCAUUGUGCCACUCAUCAGCGCGACCACAGGGAGCUCGCUCUUCACCUCGUGGAACCUGGUCUCAAGCGCGGCUCAGGUCAUUGCGGGACAGACGGCUUUGUCUGCUUGUGUCGGCCUGAUGGCUGGAAUGGCGGUCCUCGUGCAUCGGCUGGCCAUUCGCUUCGGGGGAUUGGAGGAAGGAAGCUGGGAUACGACCUUGGUGUUCGGCCUGAUUUGGGCGGCGGCAUGGCUGGUCUUCACUUGGGCUUCUCCUUUUGGACGCUUCUCCAUUCCAUCUCCCUUACCGGCGGACAUUACCCUGCUCGCUCCCGUCCACAGGUAUCUCGGCACUACUGGCGUCGACGCACUCCUCGGGUCGGCUGCUUAUGUCGUCUACCAUACCGGACAGUACAUGAGGCAGGAACUUCCCGCCAUCGACGCACCCACAACUCCGCACACUCCGCCUCCAAAAGACUCCGCUCACAUCUCAGUCAUGGGCAGCACCAGAACCAGCUGCAGCAGCGACUCGGACUCGACUUUGCACUCCACACCCUUCGUCACGCCCUUCGGCUCUUCCUCCGACCGCUCCACAGCACCAGCGUCGGCGUCGCCUGGAUCACGCAGGAGAUACUCACCCAAAGCAUCUAUCGCAGCCCUAGCCGCUCUCGGAGGCGUGCUCUCUUCCCUGCCCGAAGCUGUGUUGCAGACGACCUCCGACUCGCUGGACACGCAGACGCCCUUUGGACUCGGCUUCGUCCUUCCGCCCGGCAAAGGUUCGUGGAGGCUGUACGAGCUCGUCCACGAAGCGCAGACCAUCGGAAAUCGCGCAAACCUCCUCGUCUUCCCUGAGAGCGCUUAUCAGGCGUACGACAAAUGGGAUCGGCAGUACGCGAUCGACAAGUUCGUCAGCGAGGUCUGUCGGCAGUAUGGGGUGUGGGUCCAGCUUGGGAUCGACACACCGUCCGACGAGUAUCACAUCGAAGAACUCUCACUUGGCGGCGCAAAUUCGACCUACACGACUGUUCAGGCUGGCAAGAAGAUCAACGAGGUGGUUCUGUUGGGGCCCGAGGGAUACACGGGCUCCUAUGUGAAGCAGACGCUCAUCCCUUACGUCGAGUCGUUUCCGUUCCACAGAGGAAUCAUGCCUGUCCCGACGUGGACAAUCAGCCUGCCACCACCGCCUGGCAUCAACAAGACCGACUGGACUCUUGGUCCUCCUUACGUGCGCCCGAUCGUCGUCUCCCCCCUCAUCUGUCUCGACACCUUCCACCCGGACCUCCUUGCCUCCCCCGAGCAGCCUCCAGAUCUUUUCACCGUAUCUGCCGCCGCUCUGACCCAUAAGAUCGCCAGGCACAUCGUCGGACAGGCCGAGUCGCUCGCACUGACACAGAAUGCGCCGGUGAUGGUUGUGGCUGGAAGCAGAGGACGGAUGGGUGAGGGGAUCAGUGCACUACUGGACUCUUGGGGAAGAGUCUUGAUGGAACAGAGAGGUGGGCGGAGCAUCAUCUACCAGGUCGCCCUUUCCUACUCUCGAGAUGGCAAGCCACCGGGCGGGGCGUGGGUGUCACGGAGUACUGGGCUGGCUUGCGCCUUCAUUACCAUCCUCGGCUUUACGAUCACCAAAAAACAGACAUCGCGGCACGCAAGGACGUCCGACAGCUUCCCAAUGAAGAUCCUUACGCGUAUCAAAAGCAAGCUCUUCAGUUCGGCAUCCUCCACCACCGAUACGGACCUGGCAGAUACCGCGGCCUACGAUCCCCAGCCGACAAGCCAAUCCCCUUCCCCACCCUGGCGGACUGAUCACCUGCCUUGGAACGGCGGUCAAGGCGGACGAAGGAGCGACAGUAGCCGAGGGUGGAGGCAGUCUGGGGCGGACAGUCAGAGAGGCGCCGGGAUUAGUUUGGUUUAG